AGAGGGCGCUAGAAGAUCAGGGUUUUAAUGUGGACUUCCUCAGAGCAUGAGCGGCCUGUAAAGUGUUAGGAGCAGAGCUUCCUGUUUAACAGACAAGCUUUGUUUUCUCAGGAUAGGUCUCCGGCGGGAAAACAAGCGCCGCUUCCAAGUCAAAGAUGGUCUAUUUUAGAAGAUGCUACACUGCUUCAGAGAGGAAAAUCAGUCAGACUUCACAAAAAUAAUAGAAAUAGUUACAUGAAUGUGAUUAAAGAUUAUACAGGAAUACAGCCUCGUUCACUCAAUAUAUAUCAGCACAUUUUAUGGAAAACAACGCUUAAAACAAACAAAAUACGUCACGGGUGAAAUAAGAAGGAGUGAAAACUCGUCCAUUGUUACCCAGCUUUGGCUUGAGCAAAGGGAUUAAAAGAUUUUUAUGCUAAUUUUAAUUUAAUAAUAAUAAUUUCAUUAUUUCUCUCACAACCGCUUUGAUUGUAAGAAGUUUUCCAUUCAGUAAACGCGAGACCGUCGUAGAGCAGAUUAAAAUUUUACGUUUCAGUCAGAAAUAUCAACAUUAAAAUCUACAAAUUAGAUUCAAGCUAGUUUAUCUUGAUUUUACUGUGGACUUAAAGGAGUCACAACGAGGAUGAGUGGAGUCAACCCAAAGUCGUUGUUCUUCCUGGGACUUCCUGAUCUGAACCAGUUGGUCUGCGUCACGCUGAGUCUGCAGGAUGAAGAAGACCAGGAGCCCAGGAGCAAGCAGAUCAAGACCUGCAGAGAGCUGGUGCUGCUGUACUCUGACAUCCUGGCCUGUCCUGCUCUAGACUCCCUCACUGAUAUCACAGCUGUUAUGGCUUCCCAGUUUUUCCAGUCGGGCGUCCUGCAGGCCUUUGCAGCCAGACAGCGCCUGCAGCUGGGCGGUCCUCAGAGAGCCCUUCCAGGUGAUCUCCAGUGCUGCGUCUCCUACUCCCUGAUCGCCCGGCUGCCCCCCCGCUGGAACAAAGCAGGACUCUACCUCCUGGCCGGAGACUUCCUGAUGGAGACAGGGAGGCUCGACGCCGUCAGCAUGGAGCUGAGCACCAGCGAGGGCCAGCUCUGCUUCAGCCUUGAGGCCUACUCCGUGCGGCUGCCUCCCCCCACGCUGGAGGACUUUGAGCUGCCGGCGCUGGUCCUCAGGAGGUUCUGCAGCGAUCCUGAAGCCGUCCUCCACCUGUCCUCUGCUGGUCGACCCAUCUGGUGUCACGUCCUGCCCAGCAUGAAGAAGGGUCAGAUCAUCACCAUCAGCCGCCAGCUGCCCCCAGACGGACCCUUUCGCACCUACAGAGACCUGCAGAGCCACUGGAACCGGCUGUACGGCUACAGGCUCCCUGACCUGGAGCAGCAGGAGACGGUGUACUGCAGCGUCUACUUCAGGCCCGUGGGGGACAGACUCUUCACCUACCCUCUGAUCUGCGUCCGCCUGCAGCCGGCGCAGCGUUGUCCCCGGGUCGACCCGCAGGCCGCGCCGGCCCGCUUCCUGUCUGACGUCAGAACCAGGCUGCAGAGCGUGUGCGGCUUCCCGACCCGCAUGACCAGCCGGCCCAGUUACCCCACGGCCCGCCUGAACACGGCCGCCGCCAUGCAGGUACAGACCCCACAGGUGCUGAGUCCAGACCAGGUCAACCUGACCGUCAGCCUCUCCCAGCCUCCCAGCACCUCCUCCAGGCUGCAGCCGCCCUGGGUCCCCCUCUCCCAGCAGGAAGUCCAGACCCAUCGUCCUCGACCCGGUUCCUCCUUCUGUCAGAACCUCCGCCCAGCUUCAUCCCUCUCAGAACCGCCCAGGCUGGUGCCCAUCUUCAGAACCAGAGAGCCGUCCCGCCUCAUCAACGUCGCUCUGCUGCGAGCCCAGAGGCAGCCGAGCGGAACCGGGCCGAAGAGGCACAGAAUCGCCCUGCCGGUACCGGUCGGGUCCAAAUCCACCGUCACCGCAGCCUCUCUGGCGUCUCUCUCCGCCUCCUCCCUCCCUCUUCCUCCUCCCAGAGUCCCUCGCUUUGGAAAUCGUCCUAAGAACCCGAGCGGCGCCGCCUCUCGGCCGUCGGGUCAGCCCAGGGUGAACCGGAUCUCCAGCCUCAGCCCGGUGUCGAGGCGGAUCCCCGCGCUCAUCGUCCCGCCCAAACCCAGAACCAAGUCCAGCAGGACGUCUGAGCGGGUCGGCCCUGAAGACGCCUCUGAGACCCAGAAGACGACGGCUGGUUCUGGACGGAUCCGACCCAAGUCCAUCAUGAAAACCAACAGCACCGGCGGCCCUGAAGGCAACACGGAACCAGAAAUGGACCCACCACCCACCGCCUCUGAGGGCAUCUCUGCCUCCAUCAGCAAGAAGAAGAAGGUCGUCUUUGAGCUGAAGGAGGAGAAGCCCAGGAAGUCCAAGGCUUCAGUAGAAGACGUGCAGAAACUGGCCCGAAGCAACCAGUGGUCCAGGCUGAGCUGCGGGACGAUGCUGCUGUGGCUCAAGCAGAGAGGAGUCCCGGUCGGCGCCGCGGCCCGGAAGGAGGAGCUGAUGGUGAAGGUGAUGAGCUGCCUGGCCGAGGCCUGAGGCUCACGGAACCAGAACCGGACCGUCCGACUGGACCGAGCCGUUCACGCAGCAGCCGCUCAGAACCUCCAGCGGGUCCAGAGAGACGUUCUCCUCCCAGUCUGACCCGGUUCAGACGGUUUGUCCUUGUUGGGUCAGUUUGAAAUGUUCAGGUUUGAGAUUCUAGAGGAGAAAGUUUAGUUGUUCCUGCCUGAAAACUCACAAGUUUAUAAUUUUCAGACCAUAAAAAUACAUUUAGUUGUUAAAAAACAACUUUUGUUCUUUGGAAGCUGCUCAAAACUUGUUUUUUCACACGUUACUUUAGAUCCAAACUAUUUCAGCAGAACCUGAAGCUCAGUUCAGCAGAACUUUCUGAAACUUUGAGGAAACAUUAAUGGAGCUAAACGAUAUAAAACCUGCAGGCUUCUCAAGGUUGAUUUAACGGGUUGUUUAACAGAACCUAACAGAACCUGUGGGUGAGUAACGGGUCCAGAUUAACACAGACCUUUAAAAGGUUCCUGUAAGCUUCAGGAAGUCUUUUAUAAAACCUGGAAAGGUAAAAAAUUUAACCUGUAACAUCCAGGAAGUUAACUUCUGAGUUUUAGAAAGUUCUAGAAAGCCCAGUUCUGGUUCUGGGGAAGGAAAUGUUCUGUAAUAAACGUAUUUAUUGCAUAUUUAAACUGCUCCAGACUGUCCAGCGAUAUUUAUUUAUUUAAGUUUAUUUAUCAGAAUAAGUUGCUGCUCUGUUUUCUGGCUGAUUUUAUUUAAUUUUUGUAGGAUUUCUGCAGAUUAAAGGUGCCUAAAGGCCUAAAGAAGGCGGCGUGUUGUAGAUUUAAGACGUUCACACGGAGACCGGAGCUUCUCUCUGGUUCUGGACGUUUAGUUUCAGUAACAAUGUUAGAAAAAUAAAGUUCCUUCCUCUGA